CGGUCCGGCGGAGGGAUCUCCGGGUACCGCGCACACAGCGAGGGGCGGAGGGAUCCGUGCGCUGGAGCCGCCCGUCAGAGGGAGAGGGAGGGAAGGAGGGGAGGGAGUGAUGCGGCGCAGCGGGGCUGGCUGAGGCGAGAAUCCCAGUAGCUAGGCAGCCUCCCUCUUUUCUUUCCUUCCGUCCUUCUACCCCUUCGGUAUGUAGGAAGGGAGAGACCUCAAUGGAGAAGCUGAAAUACGCGUAGAUGGACUUUCAGAUGCCUUUUUUCUUGCACGAAGAAGAUAAAUCCCAGUUGCCAGCGCCCUUUUUGUUGGUGUUGAAUUGCUUGGUAAAAAUGGGGUUCAGUUCCUUCAGCUAAAUCCUCGGGGCAGUUCAGAGUUGCUACAGCAAAGGACUUCAGGGUUUUUUUUGCAUCAGAGGAGCUACGUUGAUGUUAACCGUGUUCUUGUAAGAUGGAGAACGAGAUAUUCACACCCCUCUUGGAGCAGUUCAUGUCUAGCCCUCUUGUCACCUGGGUUAAGACGUUUGGACCGUUAGCUGGAGGAAAUGGGACCAACCUGGAGGAAUAUGUGGCGCUGGUGGAUGGCGUGUUUCUGAACGAAGUCAUGCUGCAAAUUAAUCCAAAGUCUGCUAAUCAGAGGAUAAACAAAAAAGUGAACAACGAUGCAUCACUAAGGAUUCAAAACCUGUCUAUUUUGGUGAAACAAAUAAAAACUUACUAUCAGGAGAAUUUGCAGCAGCUGAUCAUGAUGUCUUUGCCAAAUGUAUUAAUAAUUGGCAAGAAUCCUUUUUCUGAGCCAGGUACCGAAGAAAUAAAAAAACUCCUUCUGCUUUUACUUGGUUGUGCAGUUCAGUGUCAGAAAAAGGAAGAAUUUAUUGAAAGAAUCCAAGGUCUGGAUUUUGACACUAGAGCAGCUGUUGCAGCCCAUAUUCAAGAGGUAACUCAUAAUCAGGAAAAUGUGUUUGAUCUCCAGUGGAUGGAUGUCAUUGUACUGACACAAGAGUAUGUUGAACCUCUCUUGAAAAAUAUGGCAUUACAUUUAAAAAGGCUUAUAGAUGAAAGAGAUGAGCACUCAGAGACUAUCAUAGAACUCUCGGAAGAACGGGACUGUCUCCGUUUCCUACCUCACGCAUCAGCAGCACAAUCACCUUGUGGAUCUCCUGGCAUGAAGCGCACUGAAAGCAGACAGCACCUCUCAGUAGAGCUAGCAGAUGCCAAAGCAAAGAUAAGAAGGCUUAGGCAAGAGCUUGAGGAAAAGACUGAGCAGUUGCUUGACUGUAAGCAGGAGCUUGAGCAGAUGGAAGCUGAACUAAAGAGACUUCAGCAAGAGAAUAUGAAUUUACUCUCAGAUGCCCGUUCUGCCCGAGUGUAUAGAGAUGAAUUAGAUGCCCUUCGUGAGAAGGCAAUUCGAGUCGACAAGCUUGAAAGUGAAGUCGGCCGCUAUAAAGAGAGGCUGCAUGAUAUUGAGUUCUACAAAGCUAGAGUGGAGGAGUUAAAGGAAGACAAUCAAGUGUUGCUAGAAACAAAGACAAUGUUGGAAGACCAGUUAGAGGGGACCCGAGCCCGUUCUGAUAAAUUACACGAGUUAGAAAAAGAGAAUCUACAGUUAAAAGCUAAAUUACAUGAUAUGGAGAUGGAGCGUGAUAUGGACAGGAAGAAGAUUGAGGAACUCAUGGAGGAAAAUAUGACUCUAGAAAUGGCCCAGAAACAAAGUAUGGAUGAAUCAUUGCAUCUUGGCUGGGAACUUGAACAGAUAAAUAGGACUACUGAACUUUCUGAAGUGCCACAGAAAUCACUUGGUCAUGAAGUGAAUGAACUGACAUCAAGCAGGUUACUGAAGUUGGAAAUGGAAAACCAAAGUUUGCUGAAGACAGUGGAAGAACUACAAAGUGCAGUGGGUUCAGUAGAAGGCAGUAGCUCAAGGAUCCUGAAAAUGGAAAAAGAAAACCAAAGACUUAGCAAAAAGCUUGAAGAGCUAGAGAAUGAAAUUAGCCAAGAGAAACAAAGUCUUCAGAACAGUCAAAAUCUGAGUAAGGAUUUGAUGAAAGAAAAAGCACAGCUUGAAAAGACACUUGAAGCACUUCGAGAAAACUCAGAGCGCCAAAUUAAGCUGUUAGAACAAGAAAAUGAACACUUGAAUCAAACUGUAGCUUCUCUAAGACAACGCUCCCAAAUCAGUGCUGAAGCCAGAAUGAAAGAAAUUGAAAAGGAAAAUAAAAUCCUUCACGAGUCCAUUAAAGAGACCAGCAGUAAGUUAAAUAAGGUUGAAUUUGAGAAGAAACAAGUCAGGAAAGAGCUGGAGCACUAUAAAGAGAAAGGGGAGAGAGCAGAAGAACUGGAGAAUGAGCUGCAUCGUCUGGAGAAGGAAAAUGAGCUAUUACAGAAGAAAAUCACUACCUUAAAAAUCACUUGUGAGAAGAUUGAGGCCUUAGAACAAGAAAACUCAGACCUGGAAAUGGAAACCAGGAAACUGAAAAAGACUUUGGAUAGCCUGAAAAACCUCACUUUUCAGUUAGAAUCCUUAGAAAAGGAGAAUUCGCAGCUUGAUGAGGAAAAUCUAGAGUUAAGAAGAACAAUUGAAUCCUUGAAGUGUACAAGCAUUAAAGUGGCACAGUUACAAUUAGAAAACAAGGAGCUGGAGAGUGAAAAGGAGCAACUUAAAAAAAGCCUGGAGCUGAUGAAAGCCUCAUUUAAGAAGACGGAACGCUUGGAAGUCAGCUACCAGGGCCUGGACACAGAAAACCAAAGGCUACAGAAAGCCCUUGAAAACAGCAAUAAGAAGAUUCAGCAAUUAGAAAGUGAACUGCAGGAUUUGGAGUCUGAAAAUCAGACUCUGCAAAAGAACUUGGAGGAGUUGAAGAUCUCCAGUAAGCGCUUAGAGCAGUUGGAAAAGGAGAAUAAGUUGUUAGAGCAAGAGACUUCUCAACUGGAAAAGGAUAAGAAACAGCUAGAAAAGGAAAAUAAGAGGCUUCGCCAACAAGCAGAAAUCAAAGACAGUACUUUAGAAGAGAACAAUGUCAAGAUUAGUAACCUGGAAAGGGAAAAUAAAUCUCUAUUUAAAGAAAUAGUUGUAUAUAAAGAGUCGUGUGUGCGCCUGAAAGAACUAGAAAAAGAAAACAAGGAACUCGUGAAAAGAGCCACCAUUGAUAAGAAAACCCUUGUCACUUUAAGAGAGGACUUGGUGAAUGAGAAAUUGAAGACUCAACAAAUGAACAAUGAUUUAGAAAAACUGGCCCACGAACUUGAAAAAAUAGGCUUAAACAAGGAGCGCCUCUUGCAUGAUGAGCAGAGCAGUGAUGACAGUAGGUACAAGCUUUUGGAGUCAAAGCUAGAAUCCACACUUAAGAAGUCUCUCGAAAUAAAAGAAGAGAAAAUUGCUGCUCUGGAGGCACGUUUAGAAGAGUCAACGAAUCUGAACCAGCAGCUCCGUCAGGAACUUAAAACCGUGAAAAAGAACUAUGAAGCUCUCAAGCAAAGACAAGAAGAGGAAAGGAUGGUUCAAAGUUCUCCUCCGAGAAGUGGGGAAGAAAAUCAGUCUGUCAAUAAGUGGGAGAAGGAAAACCAGGAAACGACUAGAGAGUUAUUGAAAGUUAAAGAUAGAUUAAUUGAAGUGGAGAGGAAUAAUGCCACACUGCAGGCAGAGAAGCAAGCACUCAAGACACAAUUAAAGCAGCUUGAGACACAGAACAGCAAUCUGCAGGCUCAGAUUCUUGCACUUCAGAGGCAGACUGUUUCUCUACAGGAGCAAAAUACAACUCUACAAACUCAGAAUGCCAAACUGCAGGUUGAAAAUUCCACCCUUAACUCUCAAAGCACAUCUCUUAUGAACCAGAAUGCACAGCUGCUCAUCCAGCAGUCUGCUUUAGAAACUGAGACCGAAUGUGUGCUCAAGGAGCGCGAGGAUCUCAAGUCGCUCUAUGAUUCACUUCUCAAAGACCAUGAGAAACUGGAGCAGCUGCACGAGCGCCAGGCUUCCGAGUACGAAUCUCUGAUUGCCAAGCAUGGGAGUCUGAAAUCUGCACACAAAAACCUGGAGGUGGAGCAUAAGGACUUGGAAGAUAGGUACAACCAGUUGCUGAAACAGAAGGUGCAGCUGGAAGAGCUGGAGAAGGUACUCAAGGUAGAACAGGACAAGAUGCUGCAGCAAAACGAAAAGCAUGAAACGGUAGCAGCAGAGUAUAAAAAACUCCGUGAUGAAAAUGAAAGGCUUACUCACACCUACAGUCAGCUCUUGAGGGACAACGAAGUUCUCCAAACAGACCAUAAGAAUUUGAAAACGCUAUUGAACAAUUCCAAACUAGAACAAACACGAUUAGAAGCUGAGUUUUCCAAACUCAAGGAACAGUACCAGCAACUGGAUAUUACAUCGACAAAGCUAAAUAAUCAGUGUGAGCUGCUUAGCCAGCUUAAAGGAAAUCUGGAGGAGGAAAACAGACAUCUACUAGAUCAAAUUCAGACAUUAAUGCUACAGAAUAGAACAUUACUUGAGCAGAAUAUGGAAAGCAAGGAUCUCUUCCAUGUAGAGCAAAGGCAGUACAUCGACAAGCUGAAUGAAUUACGGCGACAGAAGGAGAAAUUGGAGGAGAAGAUAAUGGAUCAGUAUAAAUUCUACGAGCCAUCUCCACCAAGAAGAAGGGGCAACUGGAUCACUCUGAAAAUGAGGAAGCUGAUAAAGUCCAAGAAGGAUGUUAACAGAGAGCGCCUCAAGUCCAUGACUCUUACACCCACCCGCUCAGAGUCCAGUGAGGGCUUCCUGCAGCUGCCCCACCAGGACAGUCAGGAUAGCUCCUCUGUGGGCUCCAACUCUCUGGAAGAUGGGCAGACCUUGGGCACCAAAAAGAGUAGCAUGGUUGCACUGAAAAGACUGCCCUUUUUGAGGAACAGACCGAAGGAAAAAGACAAAAUGAAGGCCUUCUACCGUCGCUCCAUGUCCAUGAAUGACCUGGUGCAGUCCAUGGUCCUAGCAGGAGGACAAUGGACAGGUAGUUCUGAGCAUCUGGAGGGUCCUGAUGAUAUAUCUGCGGGUAAAAGGAGGAAGGAGUUGGGAGCUAUGGCCUUCUCUACUACAGCUAUCAACUUUGCAGCUGUCAACUCUUCUGCAGGCUUCAGAUCCAAGCAGUUGCUAAAUAAUAAAGAUACCACAUCCUAUGAAGAUGUAAGUCCACAAGGUAUUAGUGAUGAUUCUAGUACAGGAUCGAGAGUUCAUGGAGUGCAGGCCGUUAUCUGUGCAGAUGCUCUUGCUCCUCCUGUCGGUGGCAUUUCAACUCUGUGCAAGGUUCCUUGUCAAAUCUGUUCUUCCAGACCAGCCAGCCUUGAUAGUGGCAGAACAUCCACUAGCAAUAGCAAUAACAAUGCUUCACUCCAUGAAGUCAAAGCAGGUGCAAUUCACACUCAGAGCAGGCCCCAGAGCCACAGCAGCGGGGAGUUCAGCCUGCUGCACGAGCACGAAGCGUGGUCCAGCAGCAGCAGCAGCCCCAUUCAGUACCUGAGGGGUCACACGAGGUCUAGUCCUGUGCUGCAGCAGAGAACGCCCGAGAUGCUGGAUGCUCGUGGCAGGCACCUCAGGACGGGUUCCCCUGGCAGUGAAGUCGUGACCCUGCAGCAGUUUCUGGAAGAGAGCAACAAGAGUUCCUCCAGCGAGAUGAAAUCAGCAAGCGAAGAGAAUCUGUUAGAUGAAGUGAUGAGGAGUUUAUCCGAGUCCUCAGAGCUGGCAGGGAAGGAGAAGCUGAGGAAGCAGCCGUCUGCCGGUUGUGGCAUCGUGAGAUCGCUGAGUGUCAAAGCCACCAUUGACUUCUCAGACGGACGAUCCCUAAAGGCAGAGCAGCUGGUGAGGCCGAGCCUUCGGAAAAGCGACGAUCCCACCGUCGCCAGCUCUCCGGUGAAGUUGACAGGAGGCACCCAAGGGAAGGCCAAAUCCGUGAAGGAAAAGCUCCAGGGGAGCGUUUCCCAGCGCCAAGCCCGCGAUUGCAAUCCCUACGCCACCUUACCUCGUGCCAGCAGCGUCAUCUCCACUGCAGAAGGCACCACCCGAAGGACAAGCAUUCAUGACUUCUUGUCUAAGGACAGUAGGCAGCCUGUAUCAGUGGAUCCAGCGCCAGCCACCGCCGACAGGAGCGUUCCAUCGGCCUCUAGUGAGUACUCAGCACACCAGUUACCCUCUCCUUUUGUUCACUGUGUGGCUUACAGAGUAGAUUGUUUUGCACAGAGCGAUGCAGCUACUGCAGUUAAACCCCGUGCUGUGGGAUGUCACUCUGAUGUUCCUAAGGCUUCCAGGAUGGAAAGGUCAAAUUUUCGGGAGAGAACUUUGCUAAGCUCAAGUGUGUUUAAUGAUAAAUCCUCUGGUAACGAGAGCACAGGGUCGCUCACUGUGGCUCAGCCAUUUGUAUCCCUUAACACUGAAUUAGUCAGUAAUAUAAGUGGGUUGCCUCACAGGCCUACAUCCAAACCAACUGAGCAGGCAAAUCUGUCACCAUUUAGAUCAGUGCCCAAGAAUCCAGAACAGCCUCCUGCUCCCCAGGAGCCUGCUCGUAGUGACCCACGGUCAGCUCUGAGUGGUGAACUUGUUCCUACCCCGUGUGUGAACACCAGUGAGGCUGAAUCCCCACUGCUGGUUUCUGAGGAUAACAAAACUGUGUGGUACGAGUAUGGCUGUGUAUGAUAAGGAAGUUGUAUUAUUAAAUAUAUAUAUAUAUAGUCUCACACAACACAUAGGUGUUCUGCUCAGUGUCCACUGGACUUAAGAGAUUUCACUCCAAUGACAGAACAAUCCCAUGUUAGAUCUGCGGGUGGCUGUUGGUAGAGCUCAGUUGUGUACUCCAGCAUGUCUGAAUGUGGAACUGUAACCUCACCAAAGUCUGCAUGAACCAUUAAUUGCACUGUAUAUAUUUUGCAUGCCUUGAAAAGUCUUUAUAAUGCGAGCGGUUUUAUUUGUCACGCAUCACAGAUACUUUGGUUUCUCCCUGUAUGUUACUGAAUGCAUGUCAAACCAGGCGCAUGCUGCACUGCCACAAAUGGCACCAAGAGCAAUUCCAGUACAAAUCCAGGACUUCUCAGACGUAACCGUAACACAUUGAGGAGGUACUUGGAGUAAAAAUACUCCCCCCUCUUGUUACGUAAAUGAGAUAGUAAUGAAAAGAAGCGGUUAGAGAGAUUCCAGUGUCUUGCCCUUUUCAUUGAUGCCAUGGCCUGGCAUAAAUGCACUUCGCAUGAGGAGCAAGUUACAGCGCCAUAAUUCAUUGCCUCCAGCUUGCACAAUAAACAUGAAUUACUGCUCAUAGUUAUUAAAUUACUUGAACAUCAAUAAAUGGAAAGACCAUUCAUAAUCCUAAUAAAUCUUAGGAGGAGGAGAUAAACACUUACAUGAUACACAGCACUUGCAAUGGAAAAAUGACCCUUUCCACCUCUUCCCUUUUGUAUGCUUUGUCUCUCCACGCCUGGUGUACAAAUGUGGUGAAGUGUAUGGUUUAUUAGGAGUCAAAUAACGGAGUUAUAGGAGACCCCCUGUGAUGUGUGGUAAUAAAAACCUGUAUUGAUCAUG